AUGUUCGCAAAAUGCAGCACUUCCCGGCAGCUGCCAGAAUUAUUUGCAUUUGUUGAGCAUUUUAAUAAGGAGAACAAGAAAUCGAAUCUCCUAAAAACCCACUGUAUUUCACCUAGUGAAGCACAGAAAAUCCUCAGCCAAAACCUGAAUGGAACCAGCAGAACUGAUGGGAGAGGAGAGGAUUCCCAACCUGUUUUCACAAAAACAAUUCAUGGAUCUAAGGGAUCUGGAAUGGAGAUUUUACAAGGGGAUUGUGAAGUGGAAGCGCCACACUUCAGGUGCAUUUAUAAACAUAAAGUACAACAGCGAGAAGAGAUUUGUAGGGAGCCAGCAGACGCCUCAUCCUAUUUCCCCACCUCUAGUUCAUAA